AUGAGCGACUAUCCUCGACCUGACUUCGUUCGUGAUGAGCUCAAUUGGAAGUCGUUGAAUGGGCCGUGGUCAUUCUUAUUCGACGACGACGAUGUUGGCUUGGUGCAAGGUUGGCAUCUUGAAGGUCUCCCAGAAGAAGUUGCCUUGAAUUCCACCUCCGAGAACUCCAACUCGAAGUCAUCCAACGAUGAAGCCCAAACCAUCACGGCCAAGAUCGCUGCAGGCACUCAGGAGCUCAUACAAAACAACAAACACAAGAAAGCAGACGUCAGCACGCAUAAGAAGCGCGAUAUACAGGUACCUUACGUGUUCCAGUGCCCCGCAUCUGGGAUCGAGGAGAAGGGUGUGCACGAGGUGUUCUGGUACGAGAGGGACAUCUCUGACCCACGAUCUGAGCAGAACAGACAAGCCGGCUACCGUGUACUUGUCAGGUUCGGUGCUGUUGAUCACGAAGCUAAGGUCUGGGUUGGCGGUCAUUUCGUUGGCGGCCAUCGUGGUGGACACGUUCCCUUUGACAUAGACAUCACAGAUGCAUUCGCAAAGGAGCGCACUCAGAGGCUUACCUUGCGCGUGUACGACUCGGCCUAUGAUCUGACCCAACCAAGAGGCAAGCAGUACUGGGGCGCACAGCCUGAGAGCAUCUUCUACACGCCUAGUGGCGGCAUCUGGCAGAACGUUUGGCUCGAAGCCGUUCCAUUUGUGCGCAUUGGGGACAGCAGUCAUGGAACUGUCAUAAGGAGCAACGAUAUUGAAUCGGGCAAGCUACAUGCUAGCAUUAAGAUCCUGGGCAGACCAGCCGGUCAUCGUUACAGCGUCGAGCUUGAAGUCAGCCUCAAAGGCACUCAUGUGAGCACAACAGAGAAGACCGAGCUACCACGGGAGGCCAGUCUUGUCUCCCUAGAUGCGAGCGUGGUGCUUUCCGAGGACGCCAAAAGCAAACUUGGGGAGUCGCUUGUUGAGGCAUUCGACGACGUGCGAGAUGGUGUCGUUCUUUGGUCGCCAGACGACCCUUCUCUAUACGACAUCGCUAUUCGCCUCUAUGAUGGUACAACGACGCUUGUUGACACGAUCCACACAUCUACAGGUAUGCGCUCCUUGUCAUGGGAUAAGGGAAUGUUCCGGAUCAACGACAAACCACACUUCCAAGCGCUCUUCCUUGACCAAGGUUACUGGCCUGAUACUUUCAUGACACCGCCUUCGUCUGAAGCCCUCAAGACCGACAUUGAACUAGCACAGGAUAUGGGCUUCAACGGCUGCCGCAAGCACCAAAAGGUUGAAGACCCCGUGUUCCACUACUGGGCGGAUCGCCUUGGCUUCCUUGUCUGGGGUGAGAUGGCAAAUGCGUACGCCUUCAGCGCUGAGUAUGUCGAACGUUUUGAUCAGGAAUGGCGAGAAGCUGUUCUGCGGGAUAUCAACCAUCCGUGUGUAGUAGCGUGGACACCGGUGAACGAGAGCUGGGCGUACACAGAUUUGGCCAAUAACCAGACGCACAGAGAUCACAUCAAGAGUCUGUACUAUGCGACCAAAGCUCUGGAUCCAACACGACCUAUCAACGACAACUGCGGCUGGGAACAUGUGCAGACCGAUCUAACGACCUUCCACGACUACUCCGAUGGCGACGCGUUGACGAAGACAUGCGCCAGCUUGGAAGGCAUCCUCUCACCCAAGGCAGAUCGCCCCAUGUUUGUCUCAGCAAUUGGAAAUACUCCCGGAUCCUCACACAAGGAAGAAGCGCCAGUGAUAUGCACCGAGUUUGGUGGCAUCAACAUCGCGAGAGAUACGGCUGCUUCGAGCGAUCAGCGGGACUGGGGCUACACCACGGCGACAGAUCCCAAAGACCUACUUAAGAGGAUCGAGAAGAUGAUGACGGGUAUUGCGGAUCCGGGAUUGAUUGGCGGCUUUGUGUAUACGCAGCUCACGGACAUUGAGCAGGAAGUCAAUGGUCUUUACACACCAGACCGAAAGCCCAAGCUUGACGUAGACGCGGUGAAGCAGAUUGUGGAAGACAUCAGGGAGAAGUGCUAUCAGAUGCACACGCCUUAG